AUGGCUACGCAAUAUCAAUCAAAUCAAUAUUCAAGGCGUGAAAGUGUAACCGAAAAAUACGACGCGAGUCCAAGAAAGAAAAUUACCCAACGUCGCGAACAAAGUCAAAGAUCCAGUGACGGAACGGUUAGCACAAUGAUGAGCAAUGCUUCAACGGGAAGGGAAUCGGCAGCUACACAUAUGACAGAAGGUCCUUCGUAUUCGAAAAAAUUGUGUCAAGGAUAUUUUCCAGAAAAAUAUGUUCCAACUGUAUUCGAGAAUUAUAUCACAUACCCAACACAUCGGCAGACCGGCAAGACACUCGAAUUGGCGUUGUGGGAUACUGCAGGACAAGAGGAAUAUGAUCGUCUCCGUCCAUUAUCAUACCCGGAGACAGAUUUGUUGUUUGUUUGUUUCGCGAUCGACUGCCCAAAUUCCCUCGAGAAUGUUAUGGAUAAGUGGUAUCCCGAAGUAUUACACUUUUGCCCAUACACACCUCUUAUCCUCGUCGGUCUGAAAUCCGACUUGAGAACGAAACGUUCUUGUAUUGAUCUCCUCAAAACCCAAGGUCUCACACCCGUCACCACAGAACAAGGAAUGGCAGUUGCAAGAAAGAUGGGAGCGCGUUAUAUGGAGUGCAGUAGUAAAGAAAUGACUGGUGUGGAAGAAAUUUUUACCGAAGCCAUCAACACAGUUGUGGUCAACGAUCGAAGCAACCAACAAAAUACAUCAUCAUCUACUCCACCCGGUACAUCAGGUUCGCAAGGUGUAAUCAUCCCGAAAAAGAAGAAGCGCAGUUGUCGAUUCUUGUAA